AGAUAUCACGCCGGGCAAAGUUCAAUGUAAAGAAAGUUAAUUCGAUUGAAAUUUAUAUAAUGAAGAAGCUCAUGGCUUAUCAUACUUCUUCACGAGAAAAUUUUCAUAUGCAUUAAGCGUAGAAAAUCUUAGAUAGAAGAACGGGAAAGGUUCAGGUUUUGAUAAAAAGAAAAAACAAUAUAUUAUCUCAAUUUUGUCCUCAACAGCUUCAGAAGCCUGGGUCUCUAAACAGUCGACUCCAAAAAGGACCUGUCUUUCAAGGUUGCUGCCUUACGGGUGGAGGUUUCUUCUUUGAAUUCAGAAUCUGCCCAUUUUCAAAGAACAAAUUUUUAAUCUCCAGAAACAGGUAAAUUCCUUCUCUAGUUAACUUAGUUCUAAUCCCCAUGUUUUACUUUCUCUGCAAAAGAAUUCUCCAUGGGAGACUCGCUGUUACAGCCUCUCAAAGUCACAAAGUUUUAUGCGUUUCCAAAAACGACCCAUCGUCCCUUUCAUCGUCACUUUUAGGAGUAUCUGCAUCUCUCACUCUCAGAUGCAUUUCAAGCUCUUCAAAGAAACAGUCAUUUACAGUUUCGUACCUUAAAAAGAAAUGUGGGUUGUCCUCGGAAUCUGCUUUAACUGCCGCCAAGUAUGUUCAGUUUAAAACCUCGGAUAGAGCUGAUACUGUCAUCGCCUUCUUCAAGAACCACGGUUUCUCAGAGCCCCAAAUCACCCGCUUAAUCAAGAGACGGCCAGUAGUGCUUGUAUCUGAUGUCGAGACAACCCUUUUACCUAAACUUGAGUUUUUUCGCUCUAAAGGUAUUUCAAGCCCUGACCUCGUCAAAAUCUUAUCUGAUAACCCAACUAUUUUGGGGUCAAGUUUAGAGAAACAAAUAAUCCCUUCUUUUAAUUGCCUAAGUAAUUUCCUGUCUGAAGAGAAGAUUAUCGAUGCUGUAAAACGCUAUCCACGCCUACUGUCUUAUGAUCUUAAUGCUGUUUUGUUACCCAAUAUCAAUCUUCUGCUGGAUAAUGGAGUGCCUGAAUGUAAUAUUGUUACAACACUUCAUUCAUUGCCUUCAACAUUAAUGAGAGGUCCAAUUCAGUUUAAGGAUAUGGUAGAUGGAGCAAAGGAUAUGGGGUUCAUCCCUUCUAGGCCAAUGUUUAUGGUAGCACUCUUUGCAAUGAGUUCAAUGAGCAAAUCAACUUGGAAGAAGAAGUUUGAAGUUUUUAAGAAGUUUGGUUGGUCUGAGAAAGAGGCUUUCGAGGCUUUUCGAAGGUAUCCCACGUUUGUUAGAGUGUCUGAGGAUAAAUUUAUGGCGGUAAUGGAUUUCCUUGUGAACAAAAUGGGUUUUCAAUCUUUGCUUAUUGCCAAACGUCCCCGUAUAUUGAUGAUGAGCUUGGAUAAAAAAAUUGUUCCAAGGGGUCUGUAUGCUCAAGAUCUGUUGUCCAAAGGUCUUAUAAGGCAUGUUAACUUGCAAGCUUUGUUGGAGACUUCGGAUGACUUAUUUGUUGAGAAAUUUGUGAACCGCUUUAAAGCAGAAGCCUCUGAGCUGUUAAAGCUAUAUCAAGAGAAGCUCAAUCAUUCAAAAAACUGGAAAAUUGGUUGAUAGAAGCUGCAGCAUUUAUAGAUAGUUUACAUUCAGAUUUUCCUCAUGUUACUUUGAUUGAGUUUGAUUCUUUAAUCUGAAAUGUGCUUGGUUUAGGUUAGAAUUGCAGCUCAUAGAAAUUUUUUGCUUUUAACUUUUCUGCCUUUAGUGAAGCUUGAAGUCGACCAUGUGCUCUGAUAAUUUGCUAUGCUAUUAUGUGUUAUCUUUGUCUCCAAAUGCAGAUGCGGGAAAAAUUUCUCAAGUUAUAAUUAUUGUUUGUCCUGAUAUCUGUACUCCUGUGGUUGCACCUUCUCCUGCCAUGUGUUAGCAAGGAGCAUAUUUAAGGAUUGGUUUAAUAUUUUGCUAUUCAGAAACCGUACCAUUAUCCUCCAGCCCCAACUGGUUAAGAAGCUCCAAGAAAAGCUUGUAAUCACAAGAAACCUAUACAUGAUAAUAUUGUGUUUUUCUG